GGACACCCUUUUUAUCAACGUACAACUGUAACAGUCAAAAGGUCAUCGUGGCGGGCUGGCGGCUAGUAUUUCUACCGCUUUUCCGUCGUCCCCAACCCGCGGAAACAAGUCAAACCCCACCGGCCACCAUCCACCAUUCAACGGUUUCUACUCCCCUUCCUAUCGCAGUCCCCACCAAAACUACCGACGAUGUACCGCUCGUCGAGCUCCGGUCGAGUCUCCGAUGAGUUCUUUCCCUACCCCGUAACAUCUCCAACGCCCGCCUUCUCAUCUCCGAAUCCAAAAUCCACGUCUUCCGGCGCACUGGAUGAGCUGCCGUCGUAUCAUCCCCAAUCCCAGGUCGCUAAGAAGGACCGGAGCCGUCUCAGAUUUGCGGAGAACGCCAUUCACCUCAUCCCACUUGUACUAGUACUCUCUGCUAUUAUAUUGUGGUUUUUCUCCAGUCCAGUGCAAAUGCUGAGCAAAGGUGAUUCCAAUGUUGUCAGAGUCAACACUCCAGUGAUCUAUAGUAAAAUUGGGGCUGGACGGCUAUGAUCAAACUUAUCAAUCCAAGACCCAACCCGCAGUCAGUUGGGUAACCCCAUGGUAUACACAAUUCAUAUGAAAUGUACAUUGCACUCCAUAAUGUUACUUAUUCAUGAUUCAUGAUGUAAUUUCAUGGAGAUGAUGUAUGAAUUCAAUUUUUCAUCUCGCAGACAAGGACUCAUUUUGAUGGACUCUAGGAUCAUUGAUCCAUAUGAAGUGCUCAUUCUUGCAUAUAGUAUUACACCCCCAAUCCCUACUCAUCUAUUGAAGCUUUGGUUUAUGAAAGAAAGCGUUCAUAAAUCCAUAUGUUGAUGUAAUUUUCCUUAUUUUGGAUUUGGAGUACAAAGUGCAUCUUGUUGGGAAUAAUGGCUCUGAAAUACUGUCACGUAAACGGCCCGGUCCUCAUGCUCUUAUUAAGAAUGAAUGAAAGACAUCUAGAACCCGACCCUGGGACCAUGAUUACUUUUUAAGUGUUAGUAGCCGUUUGUUAUUCUUGUUAUUUUAAUUUUAGUGUCAUAUUUAUAUGUUAUUUACCAAACAUUGAUUUCUUAAUUGGAAAAUGUAUUUGUAUUUAAACGUUUUUGUACACACAUUCUAGUUGUCUUUGUACAUGGACAGUUAUUACAAAAGCCACAUAAUUUUUUAAAGAAAAGCA